AUGUCGUCAUUGACAAUGUCUAAGAAUUCAAGCGUCAAGUCAAGGAGAAACACUGAACACGACCGUGUGUAUGUUGAGGACACGCAUACGUGUGGCUGGACAAACGACUUGAACGAGGCGACAAGGAGUACAACUGGCAGGUUGUCAACAACAGAUUUCGCUAUGCGGUCCCCAGAGAUCAUACCUAUGGCGUGUACUACGGUGGUCAUUGAGGGGCAAAUGCCCUCCUAUAAAAGUUACCAUUUUGGCAGUUACAACUAUUAUAAAAUGGACCAGAAAAUCGGAGUCGAUGAUAUCUACGUGUCAAACACAGGCUGUGGAAAGUGUUUUAUAGAUGUUCCCAGAUGCCCCCUAGCGACUUAUACAGCCAAUUUUGGAGACGAACGAGUCUGUCUGUAUUUCAACACCACAGCUACUACUUGGUCGAAAGCAGUGAAAUCUUGCCGCCAGAUGUCGCCUUUUGGUCACCUGGUCAGUGUUGAGAACGAAGAGAAACAGAAACUAAUUGUCAACUUCAUCAAUAAUCAAGGAGAUUUUAAUAUUGCCGCCCAACAUGGCGGCGUGUGGACUUCCGGUGCCGACCUGGACACAGAAGGAAGUUGGAGAUGGACCAACACUGACAGAGGAGUGAACUACACGGACUGGAAACCAGGACAACCUAAUAAUGUCGGCGACCGACAGAACUGUCUCGUCCUGGAUUAUCCCGAAGAUAAUUACACAUGGGGAGACGAAUACUGUGAUCUGGAGAAACCAUUUAUAUGCCAGAUGUCGUACGACCGGUCUGUUGUAGAUCGACCGCAGUAGUUCUGCAUAAUCACAUACAUGUCAAGUAAAAGA